AUGGAGAAGUAUACCGAUUCCAGCUCUUCGCAAGGCGACUCCGAAAACACCGCCUUUAUCACCACACAAUACCAGAGAGACGACAGGCAAAGAAGGAAGAGCUAUAUCUAUCUUACACUCUUCAACCUCUUCCUCUUCACACUAUCAAUGCUUUCAUUGAUCUGUUCGGUCAUGUCGCAAAAAGACUUCUCGGGUCAUUCAGCAGCGAAGUUGAUGGAUCAGUUCGACGUCUUUUCACCUGCCAAGCAUGUUGUCGAGUACAGUCAAACAAAGUUCGAGUUAGCAAAUCCAUUGAACUCCUCCAAGUACGUUGGCAUUACCGACGAUGUAGAAAAUGCAUGGAUGGAUAUCGCAUACCUUCCUGAUCAGAUGAUUUCCAUGGAAGACUUCCCUAGGCUGCAAAAGCCCGCCGAUGCCCUUCAAGUCGUAGACCCGAAAACAGGCGAAACAGGAUACCGGGUUGGCCUGGAAGUCUUCCACCAACUUCACUGCCUCAACCUGCUCCGCAUGUCGACGUACCCAGAUUACUACCCCAAACUCUGGUGGAGCGACACGAACGACAAGCCUGAAAAGGUCAGGGCGCACCUCGAUCAUUGUAUCGAGAUCCUUCGUAUGAACCUCAUGUGUCUCUCGGACGUUAACGUCUUCACCUUCCACCCGCAAGAGGGUAAGAAGGGGUACUGGCCUGACUACGAGAGCAACCAUGUGUGCAGAAACUUUGAGAAGAUCAAAGAUUGGGCUAACGAUAACGCGAUGCCUGAUCUCGAUGUGUGA